CCCACACUCUCUCGCUCUGCCUUCCUCUCUCCCUUUGCAUCUCACUGAGGGAGCAGUUACUGUAGAGAACGAAGACAAGGACAAAAGCCAUGAAUUCAGACGCUGAGAUGGACACCAAGGCCGUAUUCACAACCCUGUACUCCGUAUGUGAAGAGAAUGUGGCCUUCUUCUCCGGGGGUCCCAAGGGACCGCAGGGGGAUGCAGCCCGUCGCCUGGUAGAGGCCUUGACGCUCAUUCAAGACCAUGCCCGCAGCCUUGAACCUGUCAUCUCUGGCUUCACUGCCAUCUACCACCACUUUGACUUUGACCAGAUACCUGCCAAUGGCUACCGUUCGUUGGUCAAGGUGGUACGCUGCUGUCUGCUCCACAUCAUCCACAAGGGGCGCUACAUUGCCUCCAACCGGCGGAGCAUCUUCUUCCGUGCUGCACACAAUGCAGGCGAAAUGGAGGCAUAUUGCAGCGCCCUAUGCCAGCUGAGGGCACUGCUCUACCUGGCACAGCGUCUGCUACAUGACAACAGCCACGGCAACCUCUUCUUCCAAGAGGAGAGUGGCCUGAGCCAGAGCUUCGUACGCGAGUACGCCUCUAUGCACAAGGGCUGCUUCUAUGGCCGCUGUCUGGGCUUCCAGUUCACUCCAGCAAUUCGUCCCUUCCUGCAAACAAUUGCCAUCGGCCUUGUCUCCUUCGGAGAGAACUACAAAAAGCACCAGUCUGGUAUAGCGGAGCAAGGUUUACCGCCAUAUGGAGUUGCCGCCAGCUCCUUCUUUACUUCGGGGAAGUAUGCUAUUGACCCUGAGCUGAGGGGGUCGGAGUUCGAGCGCAUCACGCAGAACCUGGACGUGCAUUUCUGGAAAUCGUUCUGGAACAUCACAGAGACGGAGCUGUUGUCGAGCUUGGCCAGUAUGACGUCCACCCAAGUGCGAGUGAACCGCGCCCUUUCUGUGCCUCCUGUCCCCUUUGACCUUCCCCUGGUGUCGGACCCCAAUCUCUCAGUGACUGUGGCUCCCCCUGUGGCCCAUAGUGGCCCUGGCCCAGUGCAGAUGCGCUUGAUCUCCCAUGAACUACGGGAGGGGCAGGACAGUGAGGAACUGCUAGCCAUCUCUCGCUCAGAAGGCCUGUCCUUGGGGCUGAAGACAAAGCGCAGCCCCCGCUCUCCCUGCCUCCUGGUGCAUUUCCAUGGCGGGGGCUUUGUGGCACAGACCUCCAAAUCGCACGAGCCAUACCUGAGGAGCUGGUCCCAGGACCUGGCUGUGCCCAUCCUGUCAGUGGAUUAUUCACUUGCCCCUGAGGCGCCCUUCCCCCGUGCCCUGGAGGAGUGUUUCUAUGCCUAUUGCUGGGCCCUCAAGAAUUGCCACCUGCUGGGCUGGACGGGUGAGCGUGUGUGCCUGGCUGGGGACAGCGCUGGGGGCAACCUCUGCGUGACGGUGUCCAUGCGGGCGGCCUCACAUGGCAUGCGUAUACCGGACGGAAUUGUGGCCGCUUACCCUGCCACCCUACUGACAGCCUAUGCAUCGCCCUCGCGCCUACUCACCCUCAUGGAUCCCCUUCUCCCUCUUAGCGUGCUCUCCAGAUGCCUCAGUGCCUAUGCCGGCACAGAGCCCCAGGCAGAGAAGCGGGUGGAGAAAGUGAGCACGCUGAGUAUGGUGAGGAGAGACACGGCACUGCUGCUCAGGGACUUCAAACAGGGGGCGUCCAACUGGUUCCACUCCCUGCUGGAUUCCAACCGAGUGUCUGCUGUGUGUUGGCGCCUUUGGGCGUGUCUCAGACGUCCUUUGACCUUUAUGAUGACUUUCCUCAAUCUUCCCAGCUCUGUCUAUUCCUCCGACACGGUGAGGAAAAGUGUUUCAGAGGCUAGUAUCACGUCCCCACACUCGGACCCCCCGGUGCCACCCGCCACCUCCCAGUUCUCCCUGCACAGAGAGCCCUUGAAGAGUCAGACCUGCCAGGAUCUGGCCUCCCACCACAGCCCGCCGUCCAGCUGCCCUCUACCUUCGGAACGUGGGCCCGAAGACGUCAGCUUCUUCCUCUCCACUGAGGACGAGCAGUGUGCCUCUGGCUCCCAGUCUGUUGCUCUGCCGGCAGACAACUCCGAGAUGUCCUGCUCGCGCGAGUUCCCUGAGGGUUUUGAACCCCUGCGCUCCGAGCAGCUGGCUGAGAUGAGGAUGCAGAGCUCGCCCAUCGUCAGGAACCCCUACAUGUCCCCUUUGCUGGCCCCUGACAGCAUGCUGAGAGGACUGCCCCCUGUUCACAUAGUGGCCUGUGCCCUAGACCCAAUGCUAGAUGACUCGGUGAUGUUUGCCAAGCGACUACGGAACAUUGACCAGCCGGUGACCCUGCGUGUGGUGGAGGACCUCCCCCAUGGCUUUCUCAGCCUGUCGCAGCUGUCCAGAGAGACUCGGGAAGCUGCUAAUGUCUGUGUGGAGAGAAUAAGGGAGGUUUUCACACAGCAGGGGCCACCGCUAACUACCCAGAAGCACCGGAAGCUGGAGAGGACUGGCCAGGGUGUCAAUGUCGCUCUGGAAGAAGCCACUAGGUUGCCAAGAGGGACCAUUCAGGAAGAGCAGUUGUCCCUGCAGGGCAGGUCUGAAAUUUUUGAAGGGCACAGUUCAGUUGGGGCAAACAGACAGAACAGUGCUGAGAGCAGAAAGAUCAACGCUUAGAGAAAAGUGGCAGGGGAAGACUUCAUGAUAGAGGCCAAAGAAUGAGAAGGAAGAAUGGAAGAUGGUUAGGUGUGUAGGGGACGACAGAGGAACAAGAGAAUGAAUGUGGAAACACUAGAAAUGGGAGAGGGGCUGCUCUGACUUUCUCCCUCAAGCACAAAUGCAGGGACCACAAAACGGCUAAGGCUUUACCAGCGACCGCCACCGUUGACAUGCCUCGGUCAGCUGGUGAGGUCUGCAGAGACAGGAGGAAGGCUGGAGGGACUCCAUGGUAUUUUUUGCAAACUUAGAUCUUCAUCUGGGGAACACAUGCAUCCCAUGUACAAAAACCACUGUUUACCAUUGCAACCACUAAAACGCACAACACACACACCCGCAGUGGUACCCUCAGACUGGGCGAGUAGUCGCUGACACACACACAGCCACGUUGCCUUUGGGCCACAGUGCACAAUACCCUGGUUUGAGGGCAACAACACUGAGAAAAUAGAUCUGCUGCCUUACUAUGGUCAGCUUGUUUACUGUGGUUUACAUUCAUGUUACAUUGUUUGCUGUAACAGCAUCUAACAUUGGUGUUACAUUUUGCUACUCUCCGAAUAGCAGACAUAAACCUCGUUGCAGGAUUUUCUAAUAACUGGAACUGCGUCACUGCAGGGAAUGUUUAAGCACCACCACAUCGUACUCAAGUUGCUGAUUUACAGUCCUCAUGCCUAUAAUACCACUAGUUCUAGUUGCUUUGAUUUUAGGGAUGCUUUAUAUUUAUCACUAUUUCAUUUGGAAAAAUACACAAAGAAGGUGCGGUGUUGAUAAAUUCAGUGUGGUGUUAGUGUAGCGAUAUCUGCCUGUGGUAUAUAAUGCAGUGCCAACAGCACUUGGUUUUUUUUUUGUGUGUGUGUGUUUGCUGCUCAAACUGAUAGGGAGACACGAUGUCCCUGAUAACUGCAAUCCAUUGCGAUUCGCUGUCCGCUCUGCGGACCGAGCGCUUCAGCGCACUUGUAUAUUGUCCGUGAGGUAAAGGUGUAAACACAGUCAGAAGCUAUGUAGCAGCACUGACUGGUGUUUCCACAGGAGGAUGAAAUGGAAGAAUUGCUGUAUUGCUGCACUGAGGGCAGGGAUUGAACGCGGUCGCACAGGGGUUCGGUCGCCUCAUCCGCAAAGCCUGGGCAGCAUUGUGAUGGCGACCCACUUAUUUGGGUCUCUUCAGUUCCACCAAAGUUGGAGAUUAAUUCGAACAAAUCCCCACACGCAGAACAACCUUCCCUGACCGCGCAAUCUAGAGCUCGUGCUAUAACGAGGCCCCGUUUUUCGUUUCGCUCCGUGCUACUUCCUCUCUUUAGCGGGCCUGUGGACGGGAGGGACAAAAAUGCAGAGGUCGUCUGGGGCGGCAUCUCCGAGCGUUCCUUCACAGCGGUGUGUGUGUGUGUGUACACAACAGUGAGCGGGAAAGACCUGAACCCAUAGGAAAGACAUCAGCAGUUGGCUUUCUGUUGCGUUUGUGGUACCCUGCCGAGGUCACCUUGUAUCUCUGGGUGUGGGUGUGGGGGCUCUUACUGGAGCUGUCGUGUCUUUGUGGAACGGGUUGUCGAGUUUGUCCGUGUACUUGCACGGUUCACCGUGCACCUGUGUGUGAGCGUGAAAGGGACUCGCCACCCCAGCUCAGCAUAACCAUGCGAGCCCCUAAAGGCGAGCGACCCUCCUAUGGGUGGAGCAGCGACUCCGGCCCCGGUUGCCAUGGAGACUUGGCACGCUCUGCGCUCGAGCUUCACACGGCGCUCCCUCUAAGGCCGUGUAGCUCCACAGCGCCCCCUGGCGGAGCUCUUCUCCGCGGCACUGUGCCCCCGGCCCUCCUGGGGGGGUCAGGUGUCCCCUCACUCUCGGGAGUGCGACUUUUGCAUGGAUGGGCUUUCAUUGCGAAGCGUAUUAAAUAUGCAGCGGCCACGUGAACAUGCGGAAGGAAGGAGGAGGAUUCUGUGCUUCCGAAGUAACAGUGCGACUCGGGCUCUCGAACGCGUGUGUACUGCUGCUAUACCGUUAUUUCCUAAUAAUUGCACAUGAUAAUCAGGAGUGUGUCCUUUACUAUGGUAACCGCAGGACAGUGCUGCUGCUGCUGCAGAGUGGCCACCAAAUAUAUUUCGUCAUGCACUUGGAGCGUUGCUCAACUGUGUCAUUUCACGGAGCCCUUUAUACUAUUAAUAUGAUUUGGGCCGCUUUCCCGCCUCGUGCUUCCAGCGAUGCGCUCCUCCAAGGGCCUCUUUUCUGCUCACCUCACCUGUGCCACACAGAGACAGAGAGAGAAACUAACGCAUGAACACACUCCGCAUGUAUUUUUUAAGCCCGCAGGAGGAGAGCAGCAGGUCCAAGGGCUAUCAGCUGUGUGUGUGUGUGUGUGUGUGUGUGUGUGUGUGUGUGAGAGAGAGAGAGAAAGCUGUCCUGCUCGAGCCACGCAAACGCACAUAACUGUUUCAUUUUUCAUGUUAGAAACACCGCAAGUGCAACGCAGUGCUGACGAAUGUAUGUUAAAGCUGAAACACUCCGCUCUUUCAUUUUAUAUCCUUUAUGCUCCGUUACUAUUGUAUUAACUAUGCAUAUUCAAAACUGCUGAU